ACCGCACUCGACUAUUCGUACGCCGUCUAGCGCGUGAGUGGUGUAGUGGAUAUGGUCGGUGGCAUAUGGCACUUGCUAUUGUCUUCAAGCAUACGCCCUUCAGAACCCUUCGCCCCGCCUGCGCAUCUCUUCGCCCCUGCCCGAAACGCUCACAGAACGCUCACAGCGCCUUCACGACGAUGCCUGCAGAUGCACGAGGAUGCCGUUCACGAACUGCGCCCGCCACGACGCUCACCGGGUAACGACCACCCCACCGACCUCCGCCCGAGUCUCAACCACGCUGCGUGAGCCCGAGCGUCCCGAAACUCAACGCCAAGGCUUCUAUUGGCUCAAUAUUACGGCUGCCUGCGGGCAGAAACGCCAGCAGCUCACGUCGCGACGCUUGUGACCACCUACCCGCUUCGAUAUAGUCUUCCCCGACCAUCCUCCCACCACUCGUGGCGAUACGGAUGUAGUACGACAGCGUCAAUCGCGUGCACGUCGACACGUACCUCCUGCGGACGCCGCCAAAGACAUAUCA